AUGCAUUCAGUCAGCCCACAGCACCCGGUCCGGGUCAUCGAGGGGAUGACUCCGCAAGACGAAACGAGGAAGCCGAAGCUGGCCAUGGUCGACAUGCCGCCGGAAGUACACCACAUGAUCAUAGACUUCCUCAACGUCAUCGACAGCACAUGUCUCGGUCUGGCAAGCCGUUACUUUUAUCAGCUCCACCGGCGUCGACACGGUUUCUUGCCGCUGUCUACGACGUGCCGGCCCCCAGGAGACCAGGGCCUGACUUGGCAUUUGACCGGACAAGCCUUGCCUCUUCACCCGAGUCCAGACAACCCAAGCACAGAUGCCGUCGCCAGAGUUCAAGCAUCAUCACAUACCCUCAUCCCUUUUCGUGCAUUCCGGUGCCAGAUUUGCGGGUUCGCGCUCUGCGAGCUGUGGAAACACCUCAGAGAUUGGAUGCCCCCAGGUCUCGAGUACUGUCCCGUGUUGGGGAAAUACGCGCCUGUGCAAGUUGUCGACGCCGACGCCUACUGCUACAGGCUCAAUCCCAAGAAUGGCCGUGUCUGUGGAAAGCACCACUGGAAGGAUUGGAAGAACAGGCGCAGGGCGAUGGUAGGUUGA